GAAGCGGGUUGGGGCGGCGGCGGCCAUUUUGUGCCGGGAGCACGGAGGAAGAAGACGCGAGCGUCUCCACACUUGACGGGCCCUGGAGCCGACCGAGAGCCCCGCCGUUCCCUCCGCCGACGCUCAGCGGGUCUCUGACCCACUGACCAAUUCUUCUGCGUUUGUGUCCCUCCCGAGAGCCGAGGUGGCGCAAAGCGAGUCCUCCGAGACCCAGCCGGCGCUGGCCGGGCCCUCGCCCCGCACCCCCAGCCCUUCGCCGUCACCACGGCCGGCAUUCCGAUGCCUCUCGCCCACCCCCCCGGGGGCGAUGAGGGGCUUCGGGGACCGGGGGCGAGACCGGGACCGCGGCGGGUUUGGAGCAAGCCGUGGUGGUCCUCUUCCUCCAAAGAAGUUUGGUAACCCAGGGGAGCGCUUACGAAAGAAAAAAUGGGACUUAAAUGAGCUGCCCAAGUUUGAGAAGAAUUUUUACGUGGAACAUCCAGAAGUGGCCAGGCUUACUCCAUAUGAAGUUGAAGAACUGAGAAGGAAGAAAGAGAUAACAAUUCGAGGAAUGGAGGGCUGCCCCAAGCCUGUGUUUGCCUUUCACCAAUGCAGCUUUCCACAGUAUGUGAUGGAUGCCCUGAUGGACCAGAAUUUCACAGAACCCACUCCAAUUCAGUGCCAAGGCUUUCCACUUGCUCUCAGUGGUCGUGAUAUGGUGGGCAUUGCGCAGACUGGCUCUGGGAAGACACUCGCAUACCUGUUGCCUGCAAUUGUUCACAUCAACCACCAGCCAUAUUUGGAGAGAGGGGAUGGCCCAAUUUGCCUGGUUCUUGCACCUACCAGGGAGCUGGCCCAGCAGGUGCAGCAGGUGGCUGAUGAUUAUGGCAAAUGUUCAAGGCUGAAGAGUACCUGCAUUUAUGGAGGAGCACCCAAAGGUCCCCAGAUCAGAGAUCUAGAAAGAGGUGUGGAGAUCUGCAUUGCUACACCGGGUCGCUUGAUUGACUUCCUUGAGGCAGGGAAGACCAACCUUCGUCGGUGUACAUACCUCGUGCUGGACGAAGCAGACAGGAUGUUAGACAUGGGCUUUGAACCCCAGAUCCGCAAAAUUGUUGACCAGAUCAGGCCUGACAGACAGACCCUGAUGUGGAGUGCCACCUGGCCCAAAGAAGUGCGCCAGCUUGCUGAGGACUUCCUGCAGGACUAUGUUCAGAUCAACGUGGGGAACUUGGAGCUGAGCGCCAACCACAAUAUCCUGCAGAUAGUGGAUGUGUGCAUGGAGAGUGAGAAAGACCAUAAACUGAUACAGCUAAUGGAAGAAAUCAUGGCGGAGAAGGAAAAUAAGACCAUCAUCUUUGUGGAGACAAAGAGACGAUGUGAUGAUCUCACUCGAAGGAUGCGCAGAGAUGGUUGGCCAGCUAUGUGUAUCCAUGGAGACAAGAGUCAGCCAGAAAGAGAUUGGGUGCUUAAUGAGUUUCGCUCUGGAAAGGCUCCUAUCCUCAUUGCUACCGACGUUGCAUCUCGUGGGCUAGAUGUGGAAGACGUUAAAUUUGUGAUAAACUACGACUAUCCGAACAGCUCUGAGGAUUACGUGCACCGCAUUGGCCGCACCGCGCGCAGUACCAACAAAGGUACCGCGUACACGUUCUUCACACCAGGAAACCUGAAACAAGCCAGGGAGCUUAUCAAAGUGUUGGAAGAAGCCAAUCAAGCCAUCAAUCCAAAGCUGAUGCAGCUUGUGGACCACAGAGGAGGAGGAGGUGGUGGUGGAGGAGGUCGUUCUCGUUACCGAACGAGCAGUUCAGUAAACAACCCUAACCUGAUGUACCAGGAAGAGUGUGACAGGAGGCUCCGGGGAGUGAAAGAGGGCCGGAGAGACUCAGGUGGCUUCAGAGACCGUGAGCGUGGUGACAGUUACGCCAACGGAGCCAACAAGACCUAUGGCAGUGCCUACGGGAGCCCAAAUUCCGCUUUUGGGGCAGCACAGAGCCAGUAUGGUUACACUCAAGGGAGCUAUGGAGCAGCUGCCUAUGGCACGAGUGGCUAUGGCACUGCGGAGUACAGUGCUAGCGGCUAUGGUGCCAGCACCACAGCUGCCACCGCUGGGAGAACCUCACAGAGCACUACCCAACAGCAGUAUGCAGGGAUGGUGGGGCGCUCAGGCCAGCAGCCGCAGCCGCUCAUGUCACAACAGUUUCCUCAGCCCCCUGCCACUAAUGUGAUGGGCUAUAUGGGACAGACUGCCACCUACCAGUACCCACCCCCGCCCCCACCCCCUCCACCCUCACGCAAAUGAGACCACUCGCCUGCUGGUGACCAGUGUUAGACCUCUUGCAUUUAAAGGAACCUUUUCUUUCUCUUCUUUCCCAUUGUGAUGUCUCUCUCAUGCAGGCUAGGCUUAGAAUUCACCGUUCCAAUCCCUUGAGCCCAUCGAAAAUGGCCCCCAGUAAUCCACAUUACUGACCCUAUCUUUUUUUUUUCCUUUUUUUUUUUUUUU